UGUAUUGACCUUAUAGGUUAGACUGACUGCAACUUCACCGUUCCCGAGUAUAUGUUUCUUUCUCUAUCAUCUACCAGUGGAUCUCAGCAGUGAGGGUUGCCGCCUUGAAGCAAGAAGAAGAGGAAGCAAAUACCCAUUUCUGCUCACAAACUAAGAAGGAUAAACCUAGGAGAAACUUGCUUUUGCCCUGGUUGUUUGCAUGGAACCAAAGCUAGUAGUGCACAAUGGUGGUUGCCACUGCAGGAAAGUAAGAUGGCAUGUCCUAGCACCUACUAGUGUUGUUGCUUGGAAAUGCAACUGUUCCGACUGCUCCAUGAGGGGAAACACUCACUUUGUAGUACCGCAUGAAAGGUUUGAGCUUCUGGGAGAUUCCAAAGAGUACCUUACUACCUACACUUUUGGAACUCACACAGCAAAACAUACAUUUUGUAAGAUAUGUGGAAUAACGUCAUUCUAUACCCCACGAUCAAACCCAGAUGGCAUUGCAGUUGCAUUCAGAUGUUUAGACCCUGGAACGCUCUCCCAUGUUGAGAUUCGGCCUUAUGAUGGGAAGAACUGGGAGAACUCCUACAAUCAGUCUGGCAUUUCAUCGUGUUCAAAGGACCAAUCCGCAAUUGAUUCCACCCAGUAGCAGGAAGCUAAUUGGAGAAGGAAUGCAGAAUUGAAAGGAAAACUCCGAGAAGCACUACAGAGAGUGAAGAAAAGAACAGUGCAGAACCGUAAGUCACACUAUAAGAAGAUAGCUUUGAAGACAGAUGUAGACUUUAUAAUCUCUAAUCUGGACUGGAAGCCACCUUGAUGUUUCUAAUGGAUUCUAUGCAAUAGCUGUAUAAUAAUAAAUGAUUAGAGAGUAGUUUGUUUCUUACAAUUUGAUUUUCCGGAAAACUUAAAGAAUUGUGAUUGGAAUUUGGUAACCUCUAGGAAAAAGCAAUGGGAAUUACAGCUUUGGAAAGGCUAAGCUUUUGAUGGCAAUGCUGAAAUGGAGACAAGUUAAUAGAAAGAGCUUUGUGGACUUUAGUUUAUCAUUGCUAUGAAUAUCAACAAAAGAUGAUGUAUUGUAGCCAAAAGAUCCACUCUUUUGUGGACUUGGUAUGAAGAAAGAGAGAGGAAGUUAUUGAGAAAAGGAGUAGGGUUAUGAUUCAAAAUGGCAGAAUGAAAAACUUUGGCUUUGAUAA